CCUCCGUUUACCCACAAGUCAAAAAAAGGAAGAGAAACAGGAUCACUUAUAGUUAGUCGUAAGCAAAUUGAAUAUAGUAAUCAAAGUAUAGUAUGAACACAAACAAAAUAGCCUUCUUCUUGGCCUUGUUCCUUGUAUCAGCCUUCUGUAUACAGAUGAUAGAAAGUAGGGAUUGUUACACAAACGACGAUUGCAAAGGCGUGCAACCAUGUCCAGUGCCUCUUGCUUGUGUCUUUGGCAACUGCAUUUGUCCAUGGAAAAAUCAAUCUAAACUCUCAAGUACUUGUCAAAUAAUAUGUGCGCGUUUGAAAAAAAAAGCUAUAAAUUCUUAUGAUGCUAGUCCAUGUAUUUGCAUCGAUAAGUAAAUCAAGAACAGAAUCAAGAAAUAUGUGUAGCAAUCAGAACUGUCACCUCAAAUAACUGAUUGUAAAAAUCAGAUUGUAACAACAAUAUAAUUAGAAUUGUAACCUGAAAUAA